GUUCUAUGACAACACGCGGUUUCUAUCUCGUGACGUCGACACCGAGAGAUCGUUCGAGUCGUUCGAGUACAACGGUAACCACCUUACUACAAAAUUCUCACACCGAAACUACCGCGAUGGAAGACGGAAGGUUGCCAAUUCGCCGAUAACUAUUAAACUCGGAAGGAGAGAGAGAGGCUCGACUUCGGAACUGUGAUUCUCUCCGUAAUCCGCCAUCUUGAUUUUUCAUCCCCCACCGUUGAGAUCGCAAUCCGAGACGUAACCCGCGAAUAUAAUUAUCGGGAGGUGACAAUCGGCAACGCGGCGUCGCCCAACUUGGAUCGUUAUCUCUCCCGAGGAGAGAAGGGGAACGUUUAUAUACAAGUACAUCUAUAGGGUAUAUAGAUAUGAAUGUAUGUGGAUAUAUACAAAAUAUAUAGAAAGAGAGAGAGAGAGAGAGGAAGAUCGAGUCCGGUGGCGGGGGGUGAAUCGCCAAGUCGGCAGCUUUUUGCCCGAAUCGAUUCUCAAAAGUCAUCGAAUCCUCGUCGUGUUAUAGCGCUCUACGGUCGCUCGACGAUCGCCUCCUUUUUUUUCCUUUCAUCUUACAAAGUGUCACAACAUCGUUCCGUCGUUUUUCACUGAUGUUUCCUCUUGUUUUCAUUUGGUGAUCGAACCUCAGUGCGAACGUUGCAUUCAUGUGAUAUCUUUAUCGCCAAUUUUUCGCUUUCGAUAAGUGAGUGUGUGUGUGUGCGUUUACAAAACUUUCCUCAAAUCGAUAAAAUUGAGGUCUAGCACCGAAACGAAACAAUCAUGAAUGGAGCUGCUCCGAUCACCGUCAAUAAUGAUCCACAACUGCCGAGACAACUAUCGCAAAACGAUACGAGCUCCGAACAUCCACGGAGCCCUGGAAGCCCUUUGAGCAUUCGCCACGAUUCAGGAGAAUCGAGCGUGAUAUCGCCCGGAUUGCCCGAACGAUACAGUCCUUUGGGUGCAACGGGAUCAGCGUCGAGUCAGCACGAUCCUUACGCUUCGCGAUCAGUUCAGGAAUGUCCUGUGCCAUUGUGUCGUGGAAUGCCUACCGACUUUCCCCUCGCUCGGUCACCGUAUUUGACAGCGUUGGGCAACGGCCAUUCUCAUUUACUGGGUCAGUCUGUUCAACAACAGCAUCAUCAUCAACAACAACAGCAGCAGCAACAGCAACAACAUCACCAUCAGCAGCAACAACAGCCUCAGCAUGGAAGCAAACCCCCGAGGAGCCUGGGACUCAUCUGCGUCGUUUGCGGGGACACGAGUUCUGGAAAACACUAUGGGAUUCUCGCCUGCAACGGAUGCAGUGGUUUUUUCAAGAGAAGCGUCCGAAGAAAGCUCAUUUACAGAUGCCAAGCCGGUACCGGACGCUGCGUGGUCGACAAAGCCCACAGGAACCAAUGCCAAGCUUGCAGACUAAAGAAAUGUAUGCAGAUGGGCAUGAACAAAGACGCUGUACAGAACGAGCGACAGCCGAGAAACACAGCGACGAUAAGACCCGAAUCGUUGGUAGAAAUGGACCAGGAGAGAGCUCUGCGAGAAGCGGCCGUUGCUGUCGGGGUUUUUGGACCGCCGGUGUCAUUGGCAAUGGCGAGAUACGCGACUCCGUUGCCACUGCCGACGAUCGGUUCGACGACGACGAACGCAACGUCGGAGGAUACGCCACCCAGGCAAUUGCAGGAUCCCGAGGACGGUAACGCUUCCGAAGACAGCAUAGACGUAACGAACGAAGAGCCCCUGACACCCCAACAGCGCAACGUGUGUGCCCAACUGCCACCGGUGAUGCCCUCUCUGUACUCGCCAGCAGGUGCAGAAACCGUUUACGAAACGAGCGCGCGGCUCCUCUUCAUGGCGGUUAAAUGGGCCAAAAAUCUGCCUUCCUUCGCGAGUCUCCCCUUCCGCGAUCAAGUCAUACUCCUGGAGGAAGCCUGGUCAGAGUUGUUCCUGUUAAACGCCGUCCAAUGGUGUCUCCCAUUGGAAUCGUCGCCGCUCUUCAGCACAGCGGAACUCACGGCUCUCACACUUUCCCCGCAUUCUCUACCAUCCUCCGGCACCCACAUGCUCAAUGGGAUUGGAAAAUCGAGCCAAGUCGCCGCCGAUGUCAGACACCUUCACGACACACUCCAAAGAUACAAGGCCGUGAUGGUCGACCCCGCUGAAUUCGCUUGCAUGAAAGCAAUCGUGCUCUUUCGACCAGAGACCCGAGGCCUAAAAGAUUCGAGUCAAAUAGAAAACCUUCAGGAUCAGGCACAGGUGAUGCUUGGUCAACACGCGAGAGCUCAGCAGCCGGGGAGUCCGGCAAGGUUCGGUCGGUUGUUGCUGAUGCUGCCAUUAUUGAGAAGUGUGCCGGCCUCGAGGGUCGAGCUUAUUUAUUUUCACAGAACAAUUGGCAACACACCAAUGGAAAAAGUGCUCUGUGACAUGUACAAGAAUUGAGAGCAGUUGGAAGCAUCUGCGUUGAAACGAUCAUUAUUUUUUCUCCAUCGCAUAUGAUUUCGCAGAUUUUCCUCCUCGUGUAAAUAGUAGAACGAAAGAAACAAGGAAAAACAAAUAAAAGAAAUCUAAGAAAUAGUGCGUAGAGAUCUCACGUAGUGAAAAUAAUCGUCGGCCAUUUUGGGACGAGGCCUAAAUUUCAAACGAAUUAAUCACAAGGCCUCUCUCACUCUCCGUCUCUUCUUCAAUUAAAAAAAUCACUGUAAAAUAUAUUGGUAGACGAAAAGUUCAAGUUUUAACAUUAACCUAGAAGUUCCUGUGUAUAUCUAAUCGAGAAGCUGAUUUAAUCGAGGAUUCAAAUAUAUAUCCACUGAGGAAACUUGAAAGAAGUGGAGAGUCAAAAGGAGUCAAAAAAAGAGAGCGAUACGCCUCUAAAUUUUGGAUAACUUCGUGUGUAUCUAUGUAUUUAUAUUUAUUACAUGUAUAACUUGAUUAUUGUUACUCGUAAUUUUAGCACGUUUUUCUCGAGUUCCCACGAACUCGAGAUCGAGAGAGAGAAAGAGCAUAAGAAAGGAUAAAUACAUAGACAGAUGUGUAAGAUUCUGUUCGCAAUUAGUGUCGUGACGUAACAAGCAUAAUGGUCUCAUUGUAGAUGUACGAAAUGUAUGUACACAUCGAUAUAUAGAUAUAUAUAAGUAUAUACAUACAUUAUGUAUAUAUAGCCUCUUAUAAUAAAAAAAAAAGUAUAUA